UGGUAGUCAGAGAUAAUGUAUGUAAGACAGAAAUACAAAUGGUUAAAAGGCUGCUAUUAUCCAUAGUCGGUAUCUUCUUGAAACAGAGCUAUUGAUUCAAUGAAUAAGAGUGUCAAAUGAUAAACAAUAACUACUCAUCCAUUACCGUUAUAUUCUUAAUUGUAUAACGAAACAUUCAUGUCGAUAAAAUCCACGCACUAGUUCAGUUAGAUAAAACUUUGAUGUUCUCUUCUUUCUAUACAUACUAUAGAGACACAGAUAUAAAGCAAAAAAUAGAGAAAAGAACAAAUUUUAUCGUUUUACCCAAAAGAAAGAUUCUCUUCACUAUGAAAUUAGACAUCCCCCUAAUCUACCGCUCCAUUUCUUAAUGUUUACAACCGUUCAAAUGUUUUCAGCUAGAAUAAACUAUGUCAAGUUAUGAAAGUUUCUGCACAGUUAAUGAAAGACGACAUAUACUAUCUAACUGAUGAUAAACGGGCGUGCUCUCCAGAUAUCUUAUACACCCUAGAAAGAUUUACUGUCAGCUUGCUUUUUACAUCUUUACCUCUAUCACACAUUUAUAAGUGCAGGUGAGAUAUCACAAUAGAGCACCACAAUGUUGUUCUAUAGAAAGGUGUGUAUUGCCUUUUUUCUUACUUUGUGUGUUUUUGUUGACGCUACAGACCAUUAUCUGAAUGCUCAUGGGGCUUUUGGGAAUCGUCAGUCUGUAAAGGGUGAACCAAAUAUAUAUCCUUGUGAUCGAAGCGCAGGCAUCUCUACGUCUUCAGGUCCAAUUCCAACUGUGACCAUUACUGAUUUGAAUGUUUCAACUACAGUGUACGUUAGUAUGGAACAAGUUGAAGUAACUUGGACGCCAAUAUUAAACACAUGUGACGAUGAUUUCAUCGGUAUCUAUUUUGUAGAAAUACCGAUUCUUACGGGUACAUAUGCUAUUUAUGUAUGAUUAGCCAGAAAGAUGAACUGAUUACAUUAGUUAUCGUCAAAAUGAUUUCGUUACGAUCGAAAGAAAUAGCUAGAAAUCAGAUUCUUCUCUGUAUUAUAGUAUAAACGUGCAUCUUUUCUGUUUUUAUCAGGUGAUUGUGAUUGUGUCGGCUAUGCGUUUGUGCAAAAGAACCAGACUAGUACGUCAUGAGAAAUGAUCAAUUUCCGUCGACCACUUGAAUUUCGUUAGUAUUCACGCGAUCAGCAUUGCUCCGGUACUAUUCGUUUGUCGCCAACUCAUCCGUUGUUCGACCCCUUAACUAAAACGAACCUACACAGAUGCAUUUAGCAUAUGGUGAUCGAACCGAUCAAAUGUAUGUUUCUUUUGUCACUAAUUCAAAUGCUCAUACACCACGAUGUCAAUAUGGAUUAAAUCCAUCGUCACUAGGAUGGAAGGCUAAUGGUACGACACUCACUUAUACAGCAUCAGACAUGUGUGAAGGUAGAGCUACUGUAUGGGGUCCACAAAACUUCAUCGAUCCUGGCUUUAUGCAUACGAUUUUACUCAAUGAUCUCCACCCAUCAACUAAGUAUUCCUAUCGGGUAGGCACUGAUGAAGACGGCUGGUCGUCAGUGUACUCAUUUAUCAAUCGUCCUGCAAAUGGAGAUUCAAAAGUGCCCCUCAUUUCUUAUGGUGACAUGGAGUUGUCGCCAGUUGAACCAGGUACUAAAUCAACUAUUGAUCGAGUACAAGCACGAGUGACGUCGACUAAUAUCACUUGUCUGUUACAUAUUGGUGACAUCAGUUAUGCUCAAAGUAUCGGUGUUUUGUGGGAUGCAUUCAUGACUCAGAUAGGACCGAUCGCAUCUCGUGUACCAUACAUGGUCAGUAUUGGAAAUCAUGAAUAUGAUCAUGUUACUGGUGGUGAUAAGGACUCAAGUGGAGCACCAGGUCCCGGAGGAUUUCGUCCCAAAUGGGGUGAUUAUGGUACUGAUUCUGGUGGUGAAUACGCCGUUCCCAUGCUGCGUCGUUUUCACUCUCCAUCCAAUGGCAACGGUCUAUCUUGGUACAGUUUUGAUGUUGCUCACAUUCAUUUUAUUUUAUAUUCAAAUGUACAUGACUUUCAUCGUGGAUUACCACAAUAUAUUUGGCUAGAGCAAGAUCUUCAAUCGGUGAAUCCUUCCCGCACACCGUGGCUUAUUUCUGCUUCGCAUCGUCCCAUGUAUUCAUCACAAAUAAUCGACCCACCCUAUUUGAUUAUAUUAAUGUUGCAAUUACAUUUAGAACCGUUAUUUUACAAAUAUCAUGUUGAUAUUAAUCUUUAUGCUCAUAUGCAUUCGUAUGAGCGAACUUGUCCAAUGUAUCAACAGAAAUGUGUUGAUGAUGAUGUUACACAAGUUUUAAUUGGUAUGGAUGGACUAUCUUUGGUUUCUUAUCCAUAUACAGGUGCUCAAUGGAGUAUCUAUCAUGAUGAAGAAUAUGACUACACACAAUUGUGA